AUGUGCUGUUUGCUGGACAGUUGUACUACUAAUGGGAUCAAGCAAGCUGCUCCACUUAUAGCAGGACUUGCAGUUGCAGCGACUGCUCUUGCUGGUAGAUAUGGCAUCCAAGCUUGGCAAGCUUAUAAGGCAAGGCCUAUUGUUCCAAGGAUGCGCAAAUUCUAUGAAGGUGGUUUUCAACCUACGAUGAACCGAAGGGAAGCUGCAUUAAUCCUUGGUGUCAGGGAAACUGCCAAUGCAGAGAAGGUAAAAGAGGCACACAAGAGGGUCAUGGUUGCCAACCAUCCAGAUGCGGGUGGAAGUCAUUACCUUGCUUCAAAGAUUAACGAGGCGAAGGAUGUGUUGUCAGGGAAAACAAAAGGAGGUGGGUCGGCCUUUUGA